UGGCCGUGAAAAAGAGGGUAUACCUGCAGAUAUUAUUCACUUAUUGGAUGCUUGCAUUGAGAUCCCACAAUUAGGGGUUGUUCGAUCUCUCAAUGUUCAUGUUAGUGGCGCAAUUGCCAUCUGGGAAUAUACUCGUCAACAGAGAUCAAAAUAAAUCUCUCACUUCGCAUCUAACCAAAAUCAAUUUCAAGAUUGGAUAUUCAUCUCCAUGUUGUUUGUUUUUAUGUCUUGUGUCCUCAUUAAUGCUUCAAAUAUAGAUGAUGUCUUUGUGAGAAUGUCUUAGCAAGGUUAUAUCCCUCCAGGCCACCCCUUGGUUGGUUUUCUUUCUGUUUGUUCUAACUAUAGAGAGGGCAAAAAGUAUUAAAAUCCGCUCUAAUGUCAUGUGACAUUCUUAGUAUUCAGGUCAGAUGAUAUAAGUCAUAUGCCCCUAUUUCUUUUUAUGAAUUCUCAUGUUAUCUUUUCAUUCAUACUGAAUGGUUUUCUUUGACGUCCCAAUGUCCCAUUGUAAUUGGUCAUUAGCACUCAGAUUGUUGCUUCUUGUAUGGAAUGUGUUUGAAGAUGCUUUAAUGCAUGCUUUUCUUAAUUUGUAAAGAAGGGCACCUGAGUUCAGCUGUUUGGCAAAGAUUAGCUCCUCAUUAUUUACGGGGUUCACUUUUGUGUACCACAAGUCCACAAUUUGUCACAAUUUCAGGCAGGAGGGUAGCAGUUAAGAAAUGAGGAAGGUGUUGAUGGGAUUUUUCAAGUAUAUUACAGUAGCUGUUUUACAGUCCUUUGAGAUAGGCUGCAUUAGCUUCCAUUUGCCUCUCUUCAUGAAAAAUCUCGCUCAUGGAUGUCUAGAAGAGUGCAGGCAGCUACCCGGAACAUACAUUCACACAUAUGGUUAGAGUUGCGGAAGGGGGAAGAGAGAAGGUGGGUGAGGAAUGAGGAAUGCAUGGAUGUUUGCUUAUACAUGUAACUACUUGCAUCAGGAAUAAAUGACUUAGUUGCAGGCAAGCAUGUGAAUCCCUGCUUACCUAAUUGAUCAAGGCAUUAUAUCCACCUGACCCAACUAUAAAAUACUGGUGCUGUGAUUUCUCUAUAGUGGAUUUCACUCAAUUCUUACUUUCGGUGAAUGUGCUUUCUCUUUGAACUUUGACAAAAAGUUCCAUCUUUUUAGCAUCCAUUAUGCUCUAUUAUCUGCAAUUACUUGUUGAUCUUAAAAUGCAAUGUAGUCUAGCUGUAUUCUUUCUAAUUAGUUUCAGUCACAUGUUGAAUCACUUCAAUGUGCAUGCCGAAGUCUUCAUGGUUCUCGUGGAGGGUGAGUCCUUUGUCUCAAAGAAUAGUUACCGGGGAAGCUCCAGGAAUUACAACGACAUUAAAGUACACAAAGAAAUGAUAGAUAGACAGCAUGAUGUUUUAUUGGAGACCCUGUUGGAUUCAGGCUCAUACACCAAGCUCUACAGUUACAGUCAUUUGCUCAAUGGAUUUGCCAUCCAUGUCACAUCCAAAAAGGCUGUUGAGUCUCUUCGCAAUGCAACCGGAAUUAGGGCUAUUCAUGAAGAUAUGAAGAUGGAAAAGCUGACUACUCAUACACCUGAUUAUCUGGGAAUUCCUACUGGUGUUUGGCCAUCUUUAGGUGGUGCAAGGAGUUCUGGUGAAGGCAUGGUGAUAGGCAUGAUUGACACUGGAAUUAAUCCUAACCACCCGAGUUUUUCCAACCUACUAUCCUUGAGAACUCAGGGUUCCAUGGAUGAUUAUAGUACCAGAUUUAAAGGGAAAUGUGCAUCUGGUGAUAGAUUCCCUCCUGCUGCAUGCAACGGCAAGAUAGUCGGGGCGCAGUAUUUUGCUCGUGCUGCCAUUGCCGCUGGUGAUUUUAAUGCUACCCGUGAUUAUGCUUCCCCAUAUGAUGCUGAUGGUCAUGGAAGCCAUACGGCAUCAACAGCUGCCGGUAACUUCGAAACACCAGUUAUUGUCAAUGGCUUCAAUUAUGGGAAUGCAAGUGGCAUGGCUCCUGGAGCUAGCAUUGCUGUCUACAAGGCUCUUUAUACAUUUGGAGGCUAUAUGUCUGAUGUUGUGGCUGCUGUUGAUCAGGCCGUGGAAGACGGAGUUGAUAUACUAAGCCUCUCUGUUGGGCCAUCUAGUGUUCCACCUGGGCCUUCUGCAUUCCUUAAUGUUUUAGAAAUGGAGCUAUUAUUUGCUACAAAAGCUGGUGUUGUGGUAAUUCAAGCUGCUGGUAAUGGUGGUCCUUCUUCUAGUUCAAUCCUUUCUUUUAGCCCAUGGAUCACGACUGUUGCUGCCUCCAUCAUUGAUCGCAAGUACAACAACACCAUCGUGUUGGGCAAUGGACACAGCUUAUCUGGCAUGGGCCUUGCACCUCCAACGCCAGGAGAAGCUCUUUAUCCCAUAGCUUCAGCAGCUGAUGUCAGUCGGCACAAUGCUAGCAUUGGUCUCCUUGAAAGCUGUCAAACUCCCGAUGCCUUUAUCCCAUCUCUGGUUCGAGGGAAACUUAUCAUCUGCACAUAUACCUUUGAUUUUGAAUUUGACUCCGCAAGCAUAAUUAGGGUUGCUGAAACAAUCCGCAGUGCCGGGGCUGCUGGAUUUAUAAUGACAAUGGACCCUGAUGUGGGUUCUGAGGAAAUCAAAGGAACCACUGUUACCCUAGGAGUGCCUGGAAUUGUCCUAAACAACUUGCAAGCUUCCACGGCUGUUUGGCAGUACUAUAACUCAAGGACGUUUAGAGGUAGAACAGGAAGAGUGCUUGCUUUCGGUGCAACAGCCAGGAUUUUGGAUGGUAGGCAGGCAAUAUACUCUGGCCAACCACCAGUUGUUGCAUCCUACUCUUCAAGAGGGCCUGAUGUGAACAAUGCACUUCUACAAACAGCAGAUGUCCUUAAGCCAACUGUCAUGGCUCCAGGUUCUUCUAUCUGGGCUGCCUGGAGUCCAGACAGUGAGGGAGAUCAUUAUGUUAAAGGUCAAAACUUUGCACUUGUAUCGGGUACAAGCAUGGCAACUCCUCACGUAGCCGGUGUUGCUGCAUUAAUCAAGCACAGACACCCUAACUGGAAACCUUCUGCUAUAGUCUCAGCAAUGAUGACAACAACAGAUAUAUCAGACAGAGCUGGCAAUCCCAUUAUGGCACAAAGAACCAACCAGAUAUCACCAGCAAGCCCGUUCGAUUAUGGAGCUGGAUCCAUCAACCCGACCCGGGCCGUUGACCCGGGACUCGUUUUCAUUUCCAAAUUCAAGCAUUAUGUACAGUUUCUCUGUGCUGUACCAGGGGUUGAUGAUGAGUCCGUAAGGCGGGCCGUCGGGGUUGGGUGCCCGACUAAAAAAGGCGGUUGGUGUUCGGAUCUGAAUUCCCCAACUAUAACAAUCUCGAAUUUAGUUGGUUCGAGGAAAGUAGUUAGGGUUGUAACUAAUGUAGGUGAAGAACCUGAGACUUACAGUGUUACUGUAAGGCCACCAAUGGGUGUGAGAGUGAAGGUUUCACCAAAAAGUUUUACUGUUAGUCAUAAUGCUACUAAGCAGCUGAAACUUGUGCUUGAAGCAACAGAUUCAACCAAUAAUUACAGCUUUGGUGAGCUUUUACUACGAGGAAAUAAGGGACAUCUUGCUAGGGUUCCUAUAACAGUCCUUGUAAGUAGUGUACUAGGUAACUAGGGUUUUUAAAUUCUUCGUCGAUGGUGAUCAAUGCGUUAAGCAUACGUGUUUUUAUUAAAUCGUAGAGAAUUAGAAUAAGAAAACUAGAGUUCGAUUGGUCGAAAAGUGUUUAAAUUUUUAGCUGAUCAUUGAUUAAACUACUAGAGAUGAUUGUAGUUUUGGUGCUCAA